AUGGCAAACAACAAUAUCAAUGGUCCAAUUCCAUCUUUCAUUGGAAACUUUAACCAACUCCAAUAUUUGUUCCUUUCAUACAAUAAUUUUAGUGGCCCAAUUCCUCCCUCAUUUGCAAACCUUAGCCAACUCUUCAUUUUGUAUAUGAAAAACAACAAUAUCAAUGGUCCAAUUCCAUCUUUCAUUGGAAAAUGUAACCAACUCCUACUUUUGUCACUUUCAUACAAUAAUUUUAGUGGUCCAAUUCCUUCAGAUAUUUGCAGGCUCUCUAGCCUAUGGUACUUGAGUUUGUCUAAUAACUUGCUCUCUGGUCAAGUAUGUCAAUUCAAAUAUAAUAAUACAUUAGAAUAUGUUGAUCUGAGCCAUAACAAGUUGUCUGGCACAAUUCCAAGCUCAGUUUUCAAUGAGGUGGACUUGAUGGUUCUCAUUCUUUCAUCAAAUGAGAAAUUGACAGGAGAAAUUCCUUCUGCAGUUUGUGAGUCAAAAUCACUCCAAAUCCUUGACCUGUCGAGUAACAAUUUUAGUGGUCCCAUUCCACAAUGUUUGGGAGACUUCAGCAGUAGCCUUUCAGUGUUACAUCUGGGUAUGAACAAUUUCAAUGGAGUUCUCCCUCAAGUAUUUUCAGAAGGCAGUAACGUGAGAUAUUUGAAUUUCAAUGGCAACCAACUGCAAGGGAAAAUCCCAACGUCCAUUUCCAAUUGUAAAGAUUUGGAAAUUCCUCAAGUAUUUUCAAAAGGCAGUAACGUGAGAUAUUUGAAUUUCAAUGGCAACCAACUGCAAGGGAAAAUCCCAACAUCCAUUUCCAAUUGUAAAGAUUUGGAAAUUUUAGAUAUGGGCAACAAUGAGGACACAUCCCUUUUCUUUUCUACAAACCUUCAAAAGGUUGCAGAUUCUACAGCUACGAUUCCCAAUAGACUCCAUGGUUUGGUGAAAAGCCACUCCAUUGCCAACUAUCCGUUUCCCAAGCUACGGAUUUUUGACCUCUCCAACAACAAUUUCAGUGGACCUUUGCUUUCAUAUUAUUUCAAUAAUUUCGAUGCGAUGAUCAAUGUUGAUCAGAAUAUGACAUACAUGGGAUCAUGGCACUACACCUCUUAUGAUUAUUCUGUGAGGUUGACAUGGAAAGGACUGGAAAUUGAGUUGGUGAAAAUCCAAACUCUUUUAACAACCAUUAAUUUGUCAGGUAAUAACUUCACAGGGAAAAUUCCCGGGGAAAAUUCCCGAGUCAUUGGAAGGCUUAAAAGCACUCUUAAGCAGGCUCAACAUUGUCUCACAAUCAUUUGCUCACAGCAAUAUUGA